AUGUAUAUAUAUUUAGGAAUUAUUGUAAUUUUAUUUGCAUUUUGUUUUGGGUUUUCAAUACAACGUAAACAAACUUUCAAGCGUCUGUUCAGAAUAGUUGGCUACCAAUUGUAUUAUUACGUACUGGGUGGGAGAGGAGUUCUGGAAGAUUAUGUUUACUUUCGACGCAAUAAAACAUAUUUGUUACCUAAGCCUGGUGAAGUAGCUGUUGUUACUGGAGGUGCCCGAGGGAUAGGAGUGGAAGUGGUGAAGAAAUUGUUACAAUGUGGCAUGCAUGUUGUUAUUGGUUGCCGUAAUGUUGAAGCAGGUGAAAGAGCUGUGAAAAGUAUACGGUCUUGUGGCAUAACAAGUGGAGAAGUAUCAUGUUUCCAACUUGAUGUAGGAUCUUUUAAGUCCAUCAAGACGUUUGCUGGAUUGGUCCUGAAAAGCUUUCCUCGGGUAGAUUUGUUAGUUAAUAAUGCUGGAAUAAUGUUUGUGCCAUAUGCCAAGAGCGAAGAUGGAUUUGAAUCCCAUUUUGCUGUAAAUUACUUGGGACAUUGUUUGCUAACACAUCUGUUGCUGCCACAUAUGAUAGACACUGCUAAAGAGAAGGAAACUAAUUGUCGAAUAGUGAAUGUAUCCUCCUGUGCUCAUUUAGCUGGUUCAAUUAACUUCAAAGACUUGUCUAUGAGUACUGACUACAUUCCGAGCGCAAGCUAUGCACAAUCAAAACUGGCACAAGUGAUUUUUACCAAGUCUCUGGAUUCGAAGUUGAGAAACCAUAAUAUUCCAGUUCAAGUGCACGCUGUUCAUCCAGGCAUUGUGAACACUGAUUUAUUUGAUGGAACAUUGCUCAAGAUAAUUGCUCCUUGGAUACCGCCUUUAUUCUUUAAGACACCAGGACAGGGAGCAGAAACCAUCAUUCAUGCUUGCUUGGCCCCUGCUGUGGAAGGUCAUGGUGGUUCUUACCUCAGCAACUGUCGGGAGACAGCAGUCAGCCCACAAGCAACUUCGAAGGAAGUUCAGAACAAACUGUGGAGUGUUAUGCUAUCCUGUAUAGAAGCAGAGAAAUUUGCAGAUUUGUUAGAGUAAAUCCCCAGGAUGGUAAUUCAUUCUGUAUAUACUUUCUGUUAAUAUUUGUUAAAAUCUUAGAAUUAAAGUGAAUUUAUAUCAGUGAAAUA